AUGGCAUCCGAGCAAAAGAAGAAAUUCAAUGAGAAGCACGAACUCCGACGCAGGAUAUUCAAGGCGACAAAGGCAGAGAAGACCAAUUGGCGCAAAGGUUUGUACAAAUCCUGGAAGUGUUUUCAAGACGAAUUUGCAGUGAAAGCAGAUCUUUCGAAGUCGAAAGAAUACAAACUUCUGAAGGAGAAAGAGCAACUCGAGAAAGAUUCUGAGCAGAAAAACGACGUCGUUGAUAAAAGUGAGAGGAUUUCUUUUUUCCCGUUUUUUUAUUUUUCGAGUUUUCUUAUUCAAUUAUAAAUUUUCAAUUAUAAGUGGCAUAUAUGAUAAACAAAUAAUAAAAUGUUUGAAGGCUUCAACAAUUUUUAUUCUGAAGUAUAGCUGGUUCUAUAUUAUUGUAUAGCUGAGGCUUUAGUCAUCGAAAAAGAGUCCUGACACGAUAAGAAAAGAGGUCGUACCUGGUUGGUGGAGAGCCCAGACAGGCCAAGCCUUUUUGCGUCCUAAGCUAGUCGUAAAUCGGCUAUAGUUUGAGAAAAAAACACCAGAAUUCGCAAUCAAACACGGUAAAAAACUUUUGAAGAGAAGGAAAAAGUUGCAGGCCGUCCUUAUUCGCUGUCGAUAGCCGUGCCCGGACAGUUCCUGAACAAUGCGCAGAGCAGCGAACUUCGUGCCUACAUGGUCGGCCAAGUGGCCCGAGCGGCGACUCUUUUCUGCGUCGAGGAAAUCGUCAUUUACGACGAGUCGUGUCGCAUGACCCAAGAGUCCCUUCAGCUCCACAGUUUUCCACUUUCUUCAGCCUUUUCAGAGCGAUCGACUCUUAUUGGAAUGGAUCUUGGCGCGGCAACACCGAAACGUCCGAUUCCAACUACGAAAGCUGCUUCCAUCUGGCCAAGAUACUCGAGUAUCUGGAAUGUCCUCAGUACCUGCGUAAAGCCUUGUUCCCCAUUCACAAAGCUCUGAGAUAUGCAGGUAAGCAUUUCCCAACGACUUUCUGAAAUAUUCGGAUAAUAGUUUUUCUGAGUAUUAGCUGCGCAGGUGAUUUUCGAAAAAAAUAGUUUAAUUGAUACCAUUUUUGACCACGAAUAUGUAGUUGUUAGUAUUUCACAUUCGGUCCUCAGAAAGCAUUCAAGAUAUUUUUUUUAAAUGUGAUAGUCCAGAGAACAAAUGUUGAGGUCUUUUGAAUCCAUUGGACGCACAGCACCAUUUAAAAAGCGACGAUCGGAGUUUUUUCUUCCGCGAAGGAAUCGUUCUGAAAAAGCCUGUUAAACAGGGACGCGGACCCAUUUGCGAUAUCGGAUUAGAAAAGGUGGUUUGUCGAAUUAUUUAGAAGUAUUUCGAUCUUCCAGGAGUUUCAAAUAGAGUCUGAAAUUCCUCUGCCACCUGGGACUCGUGUUACAGUCGAGAUCAAGAACAUGGACGAAGGUUUCCUUUUUUUUUUUGAAAAGUUUUCAACUUCGGUAUUGAAGAUGCAAAACGAUAUCGCGGAUCUCUGAGCAGUGCUGCCAAAGUUCGCCAAAAAACAGGCCAGUACUGGGGCUACUCUGUGAGGAUCGUCACCAGCCUUCAAGAGACCAUCGAUAGGUCCGAAUGUCCUCAUUUUUCUCGCACGAACAUACAUGGGUAGAACUUUUUUUUAAGGCCGCUGAUCAUUCCUCCCGUGGCAAUAAAUUAAAGCCAAUACUAUCUCCUGGUGUUGAAAUUUUCUUCAAUUUUUGUCAUGUCUACCUCCCUGGGGUAGAAACUUAUUUUUAUACCGUACUUUUUAAACGUUUUCAAGUCAACCCCUUCUCCCGGACUCAUUGAGUUCUUUACUUGCCCAUGUCUUCUUUUCUUCUUCUUACGCCUUUGUACCGCUUGAGCGGCGUCGGCGCCCCAAGUCGAUUAGCCGAGGUCCUAUCAUGAUAUCAGUGGACUGGCUCCAGUGACAUAUCCGUCCUUGUGUGUGACGGCUGGGGAUUAUGAAGCCGUGGUUUCCCACUACCAACAUUUCUUAAACCCCUUGGUUGGGUCGGGGCGGGGAUCGAACUUGUGACCCUGUGGACCGUAGGCAGGCACACAACCUGUUGCGCUACGGCGCGCCCUUUACUUGCCCAUGUAUGUGCACGAAAUCAUUAUUAUUAUAGAUCCAAAUACUUGACUGUGGCUGGAGUUUCGCCUCGAGGCAUUCCCAUUGGCCAGUUCGACGUGUGCGUCCUCAACAAACCGUACCAUCCAAUUUACAAUCCGAGCUACAUUCUUUGUUUCAGAAAAAUCCUUCUCGUGUUUGGCGGCAUUUCCGGAGUGGAUGCCGCCGUGGAGAGCGAAGAAUUGGCCGAGUGGAAACGCGCCGAAGAUGCCUUCGACGUCCUCCUUGCGACGACCGCCUCCAACGGGUCUCGAAGCGAAAGAGUCGAAGAAAAUGUGUUGGCCGUUUUGGCCCAAGUACAAUGUAGACUCGAACAGCUCUCCAUGUGA